UGACACCGAUUGCAAAAUCGAUAAAAGAAAUCCAAAGUACGAAAAACCUCUUCAGGGAAACUUAAAAUGAAUUCAAAAAUCCUUCCCAAGUACGUCCAAGUGUUCCUGCUAGCACUAUGCUGUGCUUUGGUUUUCUGUAAUGAAGACAAAGAAAGACAUCGUGAAAAGCGAUCUAUGGUUCCGGUCCUUGAGAUGACAGUGUCUUAUGGAAAUAAUACUUCUAUAAUGAAUUCAGGAUCAAACUUCUAUUAUCAAGUUCAUAUCAAGCAUGGUAAAGACUCUUCAGGUGACGCCAAGGGGACGAAGAUUUUGUUUAUUCUGACACCAUUCGUCACUUUCAAAGAAGUGAAGUCCUACACCAUCGUCAAGCCAGUACCUAUUGUAAAAGAUGAUAGCGUAACGAUGAAGCUAAAUGACAUCAUCUGGUCAAGUGAGAUUUCUUUUAUAUUCACCGUCACCCUCAACGGCAAUGCCACAUUACUGCCUGGAAAGCACCACGUGGUUACGCAUGCGCAGUUGAUCUAUUAUAACCAGUAUGUUGAAGAUGCGCAGGGACAGGUGACAAGCAAGGGUGAUUUCUAUACUCUACCUUUGCAAACGAUGAAAUUUGACUUCGAAAUCCCAGGAUGUACGGGAGCACUUGGWAUGAAAAGCAAAGACAUUAAWGAUUARCAAACUAGUGCCUCGUCKAGCUAUGCCGAGGCGCAGCCGAGUCAGGCACGAGAAUUUGAUGACGGAUGGUGUGCUUACCAAUCCAAUAAGGAGCAGUACUUACAGAUUGACUUCACUGAUACUAAAAGAAUCACUGGUUUGUCAACCAUUCGUCGAAAGUCUAAACCGCAUUGGGUAACAGAAUACAACCUCAUGUACACACUUGAUGGUGAACAGUGGAAGGAUUACAUCGGAAAUGGAUUUAAAAAGCCAACUGUAUACAGCCUCUAGGMAUGGAGUCUGGCGCGAUAACUGACGAAGCUCUGUCUGACAAGCGUGCAGUUGUCCAACCAACAGGCAUGCAACCAAAGUUCGCACGUGCUAACAUUCCCGUAGAUGCCUUCCCCUAUGGCUGGCAGUCGGACCACAAUACUGAAUACUUACAGGUUGACUUAGGAUCGCUUCAUCGACUCACACGAACAGCRCUCCAAGGKGGCCACACMACACAAGCUUCGACAUUUUUCUUUACGAAGACCUAUAAACUAAGUUARAGCAAUAACAGUCUGGACUGGUUUGAAUACAAAGAGAAUGGAGUAGUCCAGGAAAUCGAAGGAUCCAAGGAUCGAUUUGCUGCUAAAUAUCUGAAAAUGAAAAGURUAAUUCCAUUCUCUGCUCGGUACGUGAGAUUUUACCCUUUGACUAGUGGUGAUGCSCAAAUGAAGGUGAUGAGAGCCGAGCUGUACGGCUGUCUACAGGAACCCGAACCGCUUUAUAAAGGAAUUACUGACCUUGAGUACUAUCGCCGCUCGUUCCUCGUGGACCCCACAACCGACCAGUUCAURAUCUGCAUGUUUACUGACAAUAGGGCUGAAAGCAGCUGUUUCGCAACCAAUGAUAGCAAGUCUUGGCGGGCAAUCGAUCCAACAAUAAUCACCAUCUUGGCAGCCAACCCAGGRAAAAGAGAAGUCUACGCACUUGAUCGGCUAAUGAACCUGUAUCGAACCCAGGACUCUGGCGUUACUUGGUACCAGGUCUCUCGCGAGUACUACAAUCUUGCUGCRAAAGAAUCAGCGUUCUAUAAAGCCAUAGGUAUCCCGGACAACUUCGUUGCGGGUUUACCGACUGCAAAUACAACCAUUGCUACAACUACUGGCGCGAAAUGGGGUGUUUCGUCUGCAAAUAUUCACUUCAUGCCCUCUGGCGGUGRAUCGUGGACUACCGUGGGCUCAUGGAAGUGCUGCGGCAUGUAACUAUGGCCUAACGUAACGGAUACGUAACAGAUACGUAACUCAUUAGUCUUGUUUAGAAUAGUUUUAACGCAUGUUUCAUACACACGUAGAUUCUUUACAAAACGACUUGCAUCAGACUGAAAAUGGCCAUUUCAACGUAAAAUACCGAGUAUUACGUAAUAUUUCAACGUAAAAGCAACUAGUAUUUACGUAUUCUAACGUAAUGAGGCAACUAAUACUUACGUAUUUCAACGUAAGGAGGCAACUAGUAUUUACGUAUUUCAACGUAAAAGCAACUAGUAUUUACGUAUUUCAAUGUAAAAGUAAACGUGUAAAGGGCCAAUUAUGUCCAGUCUUUUACAAGUCCUUGUAAUGACAGUUACAAAUAAUGGAUAUUUUGGA